AUGUGGAUCAGUGGAACUUGUAAGUAAUUUCGAUCAUACCCCCUUGAUAUACGUGUAAACAAAAGACAAAAACACAUUUUUCAUCCAGGGAAAACAAGCAAAAACUGUGUUGUAGAAAGCCAUAUAGAUGACUAAACAUUAAAAAUAUUCAGAAUCCCCCUCGUUUCGGCCACAAAAUUCAAUUUGGGAAGGGCUUGAUGGAACAACAACAUGUACGGAACAAACGUAUUCAAAACCGUUUUUAUAGUAGAAGGAGGGAGUUAGUUUGUGCGGAGCGAUUAGGCUUAUUUUGAGCAAAAAGAGUAGAGAGAGCUGUGGAAACGCGAGAAGGAUAAAGUAAGGUAGAGGCUGGAGUAGAGUACUAUAAACAAUAAGACCUUAUGUAAAAUAAACCUAAGACUAAGCCUAGAACAUACGCUAAGGUUUAGGCUAAGAUUUAAAUUAGGGUUUAAGCUAUAAAUUAUACUUAGCCUAGAACUUGUGCUUAAGCUAAGGCAUAGGCUAGGACUAACAAUUGUAAGGCAAGAGCGUAAACUAGAGCUAGAGCUAGAACUUGAGCUAAGGAUUAGAAUAAAACUAAAGCAUAUGUUGAAGCUCAGACUAAUCCUAAGGCUCAAACUCAGGCCCAGGCUCAAGCUCAAGCUCAAGCUCAAGCUCAAGCUCAAGCUCAAGCUCAAGUUCAAGCUCAAGCACAAGCACAAGCACAAGCUCAAGCUCUGGCUCAAGUUCAGGCUCAAGCUUAUACUCAAGCUCAAGUUCAAGCAGACCAGCCCAGCCCCCACGUUCAGAGCUCAGGCUCAUCUUUGCGCUCACGCGCAUGCUCAUGCUCGUGCUACAGUCCAGUCUCAAGCUCAUGCUCGGCCGCCUCGGUCCAGGUUCAGCGUCAAGCUCCAGCUUAA